AUUUCGGAAAUGCUUCCCCAAUACACUUAGCUUUGCUAUUUUCAAACAUCCACACUCUAUAAAGCCAGCACUGCACUGCUCUCCAUUACACAUCCAACACUACUUACUAAUCCUUUUUUCUGCCCUUUCAUCCAUAUCCCCAUUAAACACCAAUCUAAGGGUUCGAUGAUGGGGAGAUCACCAUCGAGCAGCGAUGAGAAUGGGCUAAAGAAGGGACCGUGGACUCCGGAAGAAGAUAGAAAGCUGAUUGAUUACAUAGAGAGAAAUGGGCAUGGAAGUUGGAGAGCACUUCCAAAGCUUGCUGGACUCAACAGGUGUGGAAAGAGUUGUAGGUUAAGGUGGACCAACUAUCUCAGGCCUGAUAUCAAGAGAGGAAAGUUCUCUGAUGAAGAAGAACAAAUCAUCAUCAACCUCCACGCCGUUCUUGGAAACAAGUGGUCAGCAAUAGCAACGCAUCUUCCAGGGCGAACAGAUAAUGAAAUCAAGAAUUUUUGGAAUACCCACCUAAAGAAAAAGCUUCUUCAAAUGGGUAUCGACCCAGUCACCCACAGGCCAAGAACCGACCUCUGUCUCCUUGCAAAUCUGCCUCAAUUGCUCUCAGCAGCAGCCUCUCACUUUGUUAAUCCUAUGAAUAAUAACUCAUGGGACAACAAUUCCCUGAGUCUGAGGUUACAUACAGAUGCCACACAACAACUAGCCAAACUCCAAUUAUUGCAUAAUAUAGUUCAAGUCCUAAGUACUAGUCCAGUGACUCCAACCAUGGAGGCUCUCAACCACUUAGGAACUUUGCCGCUUCAUGACCACCACGAUCACCUUCAUGAAUACCUUAGAAUGAAUUCACAGUUUGAAUUGGAAGGUCUUGGCAAUAGCACCAUCAAUUUGGCUUCAAACCCCAAUCAAAUUCCAUAUUCCAGUACUUUUCCAAGCUUAAUUGAUGUCAAUCAACCUACUCACAAUGUUCAUCAGCCCAUAGGGAACUCUAAAAUUUUUAAUGGUGAUGACAGUGAUGCUAAUGAUCAGUUUGGUGCCAUUCCAAAAGAAAAUUCCCUUCCCCCGUUGGUUUCAGUACUAGACUCGACUGAUCAGUGUUUUACUGUGAAUGGAAUGGAAAAUAAAAUGAACCCAAGUGAUCAUAUCUCCAACCCUUCAACAUCCACUUCAACCACCUUUGGAGAAGCUUGGGGAGAACUUCUUGAUGAUGACGACGCAGGUGACUCUUUCUUACUGGACCUACAGAGACUAUAGACCUAAUUACUUGUCUCUCAUGACCAUUCUCGUGUUGGACGCCGCUUUCAGUUGAUAUUAUGAAGAGAUUUAGACGCAUUUGUAUAACCAAAAAAAAACUAUUCAUUUGGGAUGCGAUUUUGUAUUAAUAGAUUUGGACAGCUAUUGAAUAUAUAUAUACAUCCCAUAUGAUCACCAUUGUACAAAUUACACUAAAAAUUAAAUGAAUUUUUAUGUAUUUUCUUGUAAUGCAAGCUUCUA